AUGUCUUCCUCUCAUGCUCGAUACCGUCCUGCUCGGCAGCCCGUCACUUCGGCCCAGCGAGCAGGCUGUCCGCCUGACUGCGAACGACAUGACCGGUUCGAGCAUGCCAUCAUGAUGACGAGGCUCGAGCGGCAGCGCGAGCGUCUGCCUUCUCCCGACCACGACGCACCUCCCGUCUUCGGGCCCGCAAACCCUUACGACCCUCUCACGCGCGACGGGCAGAUUGCGCUCGAGCGACGCGAACGUCCUGAGGCCGCGACGGCUGUCGACCGUUGGCUCGAUGCGACUCGCAAUCUUUGGCACCGAGCGGACCCUCGGCUCAUGACGACGGAGUUGUUCGCCGAGGAAGUGAAGUGCGAGGUGCACGUACGGACUCAGCAUUAUGUGUACCCAGGAGACCCGUCGUCUCCUUUUGCUUCCGACUAUCAUACAUUCUGGACUCUGCUCCUUCGCCUUGUACUCCCCGAGUCCUCGGGCAUACGUGCAGGGCUGCGAUCAAGCCCUCUGGCCAUUCUCGAGGAGUACAACACGGACAUGGGUUGGGAUCAUCCUGACUGGGCUGAAUACAUGAACCCCGGCGAGGUCUACUCGUGUGCGCAACCGCGCUUUCUCGCCGGCGACUGCUUUGCAACUCUUGCGACAAGCCCCGCGAAUAUACGCGAGGGUUAUUCGGAUGCUAUGCUCCGAUGGGCCCAGGACGUAUCGCCGAUUCGGCAAGCACGCCGCCGCGUUAGACGCGAACGCCAGGCGCGCGGUAGCGGGGACGGUCUCCGGCGCUCAUCGCGCUCCGCUCGGUCAACCUGA